AUGGUGACACGUGGAAGUACGCUCAGUAUCACGUGCAAAAGCACCAGUAACCCUUCACCCCCGACCUACACGUGGACUUUACCUGGGUCAACCAUUCAGACAGGAGCCAGUUUGAGUAUAACAGAUAUACAGCCUUCACGCAGUGGCCAAUACCAACUGCUGGUCUGGAACAGUAUGACUCCAACGGGCGGCACGUCUCGGAUCGGAACUAGCGAUGCUACAUUCACCUUGGAUGUAUUAUAUGAACCAACUACUCCAGUGUGUACAUACAGUUAUACCGUAUUGGCUGGUGUUAUCAUUGUCACACGUGGAAGUACGCUCUUUAUCACGUGCAACAGCACCAGUAACCCAUCACCCCCGAGCUACACGUGGAUUUUACCUGAUUCCACAAUUCAGACUGGAGUCAAUUUGAGAAUAACAGAUAUACAGCCUUCACGCAGUGGCCAGUACCGACUACUGGUCUGGAACAGAAUGACUCCCACAGACGGCACGUCUCGGAACGGAACUAGCGAUGCGAUUUUCACCGUUGAAGUGCAAUCGGCAGCAUGCGAUUGCAAUGCUACUGACUGUACAGUAUCAGCCCGUGCAGCAGGGACCUAUGUGACCUCUGCAUCUGGAACUUCAGGUUGCGCUACCUGCCCUGCUUGCCACUAUUGCACCGGCGGGAGCGCUACAGCCUGCGGUGCUGGAACCUACAACUCUGCAACUGGUUCCACAGCUGCCACAGCAUGUAUAUCAUGUUACAGUGAAGUCAGUGCUGCCGGAGCAUCGACCUGCGUCCCUUGUACCGCUGGAUUCAGAUGCCCAGAUACGAUCUUUGCUAAUAAAGCAGCACGUGUUUCCCCGAUGUAUUCGCUUGAAGGUGAAAAAACUUGCAAUUCAUGCCCAACAGGAUAUUAUUGUCCGACAGCAAGCUCAGCUCCACUGAAAUGCAGUGCUGGAAAGGAACCUACUUCUGCUAGAACUAGAUGUCAGGAUUGCUCUUCUGGUUACUAUAGUGAUGGUUCAUUCUGUGCUGUCUGUCCGCCGGGUCACAAAUGCGCCGGUACUGGUUUGGCUGACCCAGUUGCAUGUUCUAGCGGUGAAUAUCAAUCAAGUACUGGCAGGACAUCGUGCCGUACAUACCCUGCAGAAAGCCACUGUGCAGACAAAACCAUAGCUCCAGUUUCAUGCAGUGUGGGAACAUUCAGUGCUGCCAGUGCAACUAGCUGCUCUGUCUGUCCAACAGGCUACUAUUCAGCUUCAGGGGCUAGUUCAUGUACCCAAUGCACAGCAGGCUAUUAUUGUACAGUUACAACCCAGACAGUAUGUGGCCUGGGCAAGUACAGCUCAGCCGGUUUCACCGCAUGUACCACAUGCCCAGCAGGGAAUAAAUGCGAAACGACAACCACCGCAAGCCCAACGCAAUGUUUAGUAGGAACCUAUGCUGCAGCUGGUGCCUCAAUCUGUACAGCAUGUGAAGCUGGAAAGAAGUGUCCCACUAAUGGAAUGGAUGCUGCAGUCAGCUGCCACAGCGGCGAAUACCAGCCCUCAACAGGCCAGUCAUCCUGUAUGCCAUGCCCAGCAGGUCAACAGUGUCUGACUGUCAGUACCGCAACGGAUUGUAACAAAGGCUUCUAUAGUCCGGCCGGCUCCAUGGUAUGUACAGAAUGUCUUGACGGCACCUAUGCCGAUGCAGUGAAAUCUGCCCAUUGCACAACCUGCCCUGCGGGAUCGGAAUGUACAGACAAAACAGCCGCACCUGUAGCCUGCCCUCCUGGAGAAUACAGUUCUGCUGGACAAAAGCUGUGCAGCCAAUGUGGUGCAGGAACAUGCAAGAACACAUCAGGUGUUGGCUCUUGUGUGCCAUGUCAAGCUGAAUCCCAAGAGGUCAACAUAUCUCCAUCUCCUUUGGCAACAGUUAUAGAAGGUCAAAAUCUUACUUUAACAUGCUCCUACACCGGUUCUACAGAGGCCUGGAGUGUGGCAUCAGUUUUCAGCAGAACUACUUUAACUGUAUGCACUGUGAUAAAGUCAACAUGCGCAUGUGCUGAAGCUGACAACACUGUCGUUUACAAACCAGUUUGCAGUGACAAUACCAUUGAAUUGACAGUGAUAAAUGUGCACCGGAGUAGGAAUCAUGAAGUCUGGAAAUGCGAAAUGAAAAUAGGAGCAAACUAUUUUUACAGCGGAACAACGCAGAUAAAUGUAGCGGCUUUAGCUAAACCAGACAUUCCAAGAUACUUUCAUUACACACAGAAUUUGCAAAAUCAAACGUCACUGAAAUUUUACUGGCUCCCUGGAUAUAACGGAGGAUAUGUGCAAUCAUUUUACAUCGAGUACAAGAAAACUGGCUCGCAAGUAUGGGAUCAGGUGUCGGUUGUCGAAGACUCAUCUGUGCCGCUGAUGAAGGCCACGGUUGACAACUUAAGCCCAGCCACGGAAUAUCAAGCACGGAUGUUUGCAAGGAACAAAAUUGGAGAUUCAGAUUCUACAGACAAAGUAACAUUUACAAUAUUAGACUGCACCCAAAGUAAUACUCAUCAUUCAGUGUCCCAGAUAGAACCAGUUGUUGGCGGAGUUGUCGGUGGAGUUGUUUUAGUUCUAAUCAUAGCGGCUUUGGCAUACGUGCGUCUUAAUAACAACUGCAUAAGGAAAGGUCUGUUUAAAUUGCUUUGCAAAAAAACUGGGCUUAUUUCAUGUGUGUGUAGUGUCUUCAUAGAUAAGCCACUACAGUCCGUGAAGCUUAUUAGAGACGACACUUUCCAAUUAGACUAUAUUUGUUAA